AUGUGUUCGUUAAAUUUUUGUGGGUUUAGUUUGUUUAAUCGGUAUCAAAGUUCGGUAGUAAAUGAAUCGAAAAAUGACGCAAAAUCUCCGAACACAAGUGGUGAAAUUUAUAAUAAUACGUCUAUUGUCAGUUCAAGUGAAGACAAAAAAGUGUGCAUUAAAGAUUUUACCUUCAUUAAACUAUUGGGAAAAGGUACAUUUGGCAAGAUCAUUUUGGCUGAAAAGAAUGGCACCGAAAAAGUGUUUGCCAUUAAAAUUUUAAAAAAAGAUCAUCUCAUUCAGGGCGUAGACAUUGAUUAUAUAAUGAGAGAGAAAAGGAUUCUUACACGAUUUUCAAAACAUAUAUUUCUAGCGACAUUUUACGCAAGUUUUCAAACACCCAAUAGCUUAUUUUUCGUCAUGGAAUUUGUCAGUGGCGGUAAUCUAUUGUUUCACUUGCAAAAAACUGGCAAAUUUAAUGAGGUACGUGCAGCAUUCUAUGCUGCAGAAAUUGUAAUUGCAUUACAAUUUUUGCACAGCCAUGGUGUUAUUCAUAGGGAUUUAAAACUGGAUAACGUACUACUCGAUCAAGAGGGCCACUGUAAAUUGACUGAUUUCGGAUUAAGCAAAGAUGAAAUAAUUAAUGGUGUUUUAACGUCCACAUAUUGCGGUACACCAUAUUACCUUGCACCAGAAAUGUUACAAGAAUUAGAAUAUGAUUCAUCGGUUGAUUGGUGGGCACUUGGUGUGCUUAUGUAUAUAAUGAUGACCAACGAACUACCAUUCGGAGCCGAUAGCGAAAAUGAUUUGUUUGAAUUAAUUCUUCAGUAUGAUGUUUUCUAUCCAUACUGCUUGAGUCGUAACGCUGUAUUCAUUUUAGAAGGCUUAAUGACGAAAGAUCCGGCCGAUCGUUUGGGAUACUCUAGUAGUGUGCCACCAAUAAGAGGUCAUGCAUUCUUCAAACACAUGGACUGGGAGGAGCUGGAAUUACGUCGCAUUGAACCACCAAUUAGGCCUAUAGUGAAAAGUCCUAAGGAUACGCGGAAUUUCGAUAGAAAUUUCACGAAAUACAAAGUAGUCAUGACUACAGAUGAAGGAGUACAAUCAGAUUGCAUCAAUCAGGACAAAUUCGAUGGGUUUUCUUACGUUGACCAAAAUUAUGUGUGCUCUUUACAACAGUGA